UGAUAUUCCACGGAUACCUGAGACUUCUCACCCCCCGUUAGAGUCCAGUUCAAGUUCUUUUGAAUCUCAGAAGAUGGAAAGGCCUUCUAUUUCUGUUAUAUCUCCGACCAGCCCUGGAGCCCUACGGGAUGCACCACAGGUCCUACCAGGGCAGCUUUCUGUUAAACUGUGGUAUGACAAGGUGGGACAUCAGUUAAUAGUAAACGUUCUGCAAGCAACAGAUUUGCCACCAAGAGUAGAUGGACGCCCCAGAAAUCCCUAUGUAAAAAUGUAUUUUCUUCCAGACAGAAGUGAUAAGAGUAAAAGGAGGACCAAAACAGUAAAGAAAAGUCUAGAGCCCAAAUGGAACCAAACUUUUCUGUACUCACAUGUACAUCGGAGAGAUUUUAGAGAACGAAUGCUUGAAAUAACUGUAUGGGAUCAGCCAAGAGUACAAGAAGAAGAGAGUGAAUUUCUUGGAGAGAUUCUUAUAGAGCUGGAGACAGCACUUUUAGACGAUGAACCACAUUGGUAUAAGCUACAGACACAUGAUGAAUCUUCACUACCUCUGCCUCAGCCAUCACCUUUCAUGCCAAGAAGACAUGUUCAUGGUGGAGAAAGCACUAGCAAAAAAUUACAAAGAUCUCGGCCAAUCAGUGAUAGUGACAUCUCAGAUUAUGAUGUUGAUGAUGGUAUUGGAGUUGUUCCUCCAGUAGGUUAUAGGCCUAGCACUAGAGAAAGUAAAUCCACAACGCUAACUGUGCCAGAACAGCAAAGAGCAGCACAUCAUCGUUCACGAUCUGUAUCUCCUCACCGUGGUGAUGAUCAGGGCAGGACCCGUUCACGUUUACCAAAUGUGCCAUUACAGAGGAGUUUAGAUGAAAUUCAUCAAAUGAGAAGAUCACGUUCUCCAACUAGACACCAUGAUGCCUCCAGAACUCCAGUUGAUUACAGAUCCAGAGAUGUGGAUAGUCAGUAUUUGUCUGAUCAGGAAAGUGAGCUUCUUAUGCUGCCCAGAGCAAAACGAGGAAGAAGUGCAGAGUGCCUACAUACCAUCAGCUCAACUCUUCCUGCAUGUGCUAAGACCAAAUCUGUGAUUAGACAGGAUAUUUCACUCCUUCGUGAUUGCCUUAAUUCACAAGUACCGAAAUUUGGAGAUGACCUACUGGUUAGUGAACUACAGCCCUCCCUUGACAGGGCUAGGAGUGCUAGUACCAACUGCUUGAGACCAGAUACUAGUUUGCAUUCACCAGAACGAGAAAGGGGUAGAUGGUCCCCCUCCCUAGAGAGGAGACGACCUACUAGUCCCAGGAUUCAUAUCCAGCAUGCAUCUCCGGAGGAUGACAGGCAGUCGAGAAAAGUGGAAAGAUAUAGCAGCCAAAAACAAACUAGGAAAGGCUCUGCAACUGAAACAGAAAGGGGUCUGCUACCAUGUCUUUCUAGAAGGGGACUUCCAACCCCACGAACGACUGAACAGCCAGUCAUUAGGGGAAAACAUCAUGCUCGCUCCAGGUCGAGUGAGCAUUCUAGUGUCAGACCCUUAUGCUCUGUACAUCACCUAGCGCCCGGAGGGUCGGCGCCACCUUCUCCGCUCCUGACCAGGAUACAUCAACAAGGAAGUCCCACCCAGUCUCCUCCUGCAGACACAUCCUUCAGCAGUCGCAGGGGAAGACAGCUACCACAGGUUCCAGUAAGAAGUGGCAGUAUAGAGCAAGAGCAAGAGACUUUUAACUCUUCCACAAAAGCAAGCUUAGUAGUGGAGGAGCGAACGAGACAGAUGAAAAUGAAAGUGCACCGUUAUAAUCAGACAUCAGGGUCUGGUUCUAGCCAAGAACAUGAGCGUGAGCAAUAUACCAAGUAUAAUAUACAAACAGAUCAGUACAGAAGUUGUGAUAACGUCUCUGCCAAAUCAUCAGAUAGUGAUGUCAGUGAUGUGUCAGCCAUUUCCCGAACCAGCAGUGCCUCACGCCUCAGCAGCACAAGUUUUAUGUCAGAGCAAUCUGAACGCCCUCGGGGCAGAAUCAGUACAUUUACUCCUAAAAUGCAAGGCAGACGGAUGGGGACUUCAGGGAGAAUCACUAAGAGCACAAGUGUGAGCGGAGAGAUGUAUAAGCUGGAGCACAAUGAUGGGAGUCAGUCGGACACGGCUGUCGGCAUGGUUGGAACAGGUGGGAAGAAGAGACGUUCCAGCCUUAGUGCCAAAGUGGUUGCCAUAGUGUCUCGAAGGAGCAGAAGCACAUCUCAACUUAGCCAAACAGAGGCUGGCAGCAAGAAGCUGAAGAGCACGAUACAGAGAAGCACAGAGACAGGAAUGGCAGCAGAGAUGAGAAGUCGUAUGGUUCGACAGCCAAGCCGGGAAUCCACCGAUGGCAGCAUAAACAGUUAUAGCUCCGAGGGCAACUUAAUAUUUCCUGGAGUGCGGCUGGGUGCUGACAGCCAGUUCAGUGAUUUCCUUGAUGGACUCGGACCUGCACAGUUAGUAGGCCGACAAACGCUAGCAACCCCUGCCAUGGGUGACAUCCAGAUUGGAAUGGUGGAUAAAAAGGGCCAGUUAGAGGUAGAAGUCAUUAGAGCCCGUGGCCUCACACAAAAACCUGGCUCCAAAUCUACCCCAGCUCCUUAUGUCAAAGUGUAUUUAUUGGAAAACGGAACAUGUAUAGCUAAGAAGAAGACAAGAAUUGCACGGAAGACCCUUGAUCCUUUGUACCAACAGACACUGGUUUUUGAUGAAAGUCCACAGGGUAAAGUCCUUCAGGUAAUAGUUUGGGGAGACUACGGCCGAAUGGACCACAAAUGCUUCAUGGGGGUUGCCCAGAUCCUUCUGGAGGAACUGGAUCUGUCCAGUGUGGUAAUAGGCUGGUAUAAAUUAUUUCCACCUUCAUCAUUAGUGGAUCCAACCUUGACUCCCCUGACACGGAGGGCUUCCCAGUCAUCCCUGGAAAGUUCAACGGGGCCUCCCUGCAUUAGAUCGUAGUAGCAGGUGCUGUCUCAUAAAAAUAUCACCCAGGACAACAAUUGGAACCAGAUAUUCACAUGAUCAAAAAACACUGUUGGAGAGAGACAAUCACUUCUGUUUUUCCUUGUAGUAGUUAUCCAAAAAUAUGUCUGUUUGUCAAGAGAUGGCUUAAAUUGACAGAACAAAGGUAUAUCCCAUACGGCCAAUCUAUUAGCGGCUAUCACCGAUGGUUAGAAUGAUU